CCAGUUUCAUUUAACAGCAAAUACUAUUAAAUUAAAUUUAUGUGAAAUUUUGAGCCCAAUCCGAAAAAUUACACCGUAGCAGAAUCAGAAUGGACAUCGCCCUUUUCUCUCCUUCUUCCCUUUUCGCCGGCGGCUCCGACGGCAGUUCCUCCGAAGAGGAAAGGAGUGAAACCCACGAGAAUUUUGUAGAGCGAAAACACCAAUUUCCUGGAAUGGAAUUACUUGUCCGAGAGUUUUCUUUCCAUCAAUUGAAUGCUAAUCUACUGUGGCCUGGCACAUUUGCAUUUGCUGAAUGGUUGGUCGAGCACAAGCAAUGGUUGGAGGGUAGGAGAGUGCUUGAGCUGGGGAGUGGAACUGGAGCUUUGGCCAUUUUCUUGAGAAAAGCUUUUGAAGUCGACAUCACAACAUCUGACUAUGAUGAUGUUGAAAUUGAAGAAAAUAUCGCGUAUAAUUGCCUGAUAAAUGGAGUUACUCCUGUCCUUCCACACCUAAGACAUUCAUGGGGAGAUGUCUUUCCGAAUUCUAAUCCAGAUUGGGACCUAAUUAUUGCAAGUGAUAUUUUAUUGUAUGUUAAGCAGUAUGCCAACCUUAUAAAGUCGUUAUUGUUUCUCCUCAACUCUUACAAAGCAAAUGAGGCUGUUUGUUGGAGGAACGAAGCGAAUGGUAUUGAUGCUCUUUCUCUAGUUUACUUUUCUGUCAUCAUAGACAAUGAAUUCACUCUCCCGUCUGCAAUCUGCUUCAGAUUCGUGCCCUCUUACUCGACCAGCGUUCUUGAUGAGUUGGAGACGCAGGAUUGGGAAAGAGGAAGAGUCUCUAUUCUUUACCGGCUGCAAAGAAGCUGGACUUGAAGUCGAUCAUCUUGGCUGUCGUGUUUACUGCAUCAAGCGAAGCACUAAUGCUUCUCAAUCCAGCUGAGCAUCUUGGAACCAUAGCCAAAUCCUAGGAUCAAACAUGAGGCAUUGCGGAGGGAUCUGGACUGGAUAAUUUGCUCGGCAUGGGGCGAACUUACGGUGUCGUGACUACAAGCACACUUGGGAUGUUGCAGAUGGCCUUGCUCUUGCUAACGUAGGUUCGAUUUCUGUUUUACUUUGGUUUUGCUCAGCUACUUUGUUUGUUUUUCGUUUUAUUGGAUUCAAAUGUGUAGAAACUCGUGUUUUGAUGUAAUGGAAUGUGUUUGUAUCACUAA